AUGUCAAUUGUCUUGAGAUUUGUUGAUAGAGAUGGCUUUAUACAAGAGCGAUUCUUUGGAGUUGUUCAUGUUAAGGAUACUAUUGCAUCAACAUUGAAAGAAUGUAUCUUUUCUAUCUUAUCUCGUCAUAAUCUUGAUGUUCAAAAUAUUCGAGGACAAGGUUAUGAUGGUGCAAGUAACAUGCGUGGAGAAUGGAAUGGAUUGAAAGCUUUAAUCUUGGAUAAAUGUCCUUAUGCUUAUUAUGUUCAUUGUUUUGCACAUCGAUUGCAAUUGGCAUUGGUAGCUUCGUCAAAGGAAGUCAUCCCUGUCCAUCACUUUUUCACAAAGUUGAACUCCAUUAUUAAUGUUGUUGGGGCUUCAUGUAAGCGCAAUGACCAGUUGAAAGCUGCUCAUGCCUCAAAUAUUGCUCAUUUGCUUAGUAUUGAUGAGCUUGAAAGUGGGAGGGGUCUUAACCAAAUUGGUUCUUUACAAAGGCCAGAUGGAACACACCUACUCACCGUGGAGAUGCCGAUGCAGCUUAUGAGAGAUAGUGGAUGGGAUGAAUUAGUUUCAAGUGUGAAGUCUUUUUGUGAAAAUGUCAAUAUAACUGUGCCAGAUUUUGAUGCUCAAUAUAUUUUGCAAGAGUUGAACAAUAGGUUUGAUGAUAAAGCAAUGGAGUUAAUUAUUCUUAGUUCAUCUCUUGAUCCAAAAGAAAUGCGUAUAUCAUUCAGAAUUGAUGACAUUUGCAAGUUGGUAGAGAAGUUUUACCCACAAGACUUUGCAGAUUAUGAGAUUUUGCAAUUAAGAGUGCAACUUGAACAUUUUGAACAUGUGCAACAACUUCCUGAUUUUAGAACACUAGAAAGUAUUUCUGAUCUCUGCCGAUGGUUGGUGAAAACUAGAAAGUUGGACAUAUAUCCUCUUGUUUUCAGAAUAGUAACUCUCAUUCUCACGCUUCCCGUAUCUACAGCUACUACAGAACGGUCUUUUUCUGCCAUGAAAAUUGUCAAGACCACACUUUGUAACAAGAUGGGUGAUCAAUUUCUUAAUGAUUGUUUGUUAGUGUACAUUGAAAAUGAAAUUGCAAAACAAUUUAGUAUAGAUUCAAUUAUAGAUGAUUUUCGUGAUAUGCAAGAGAGACGUUCUAAAUUUUAA